AUGUUUAUGUAUUUUUGAGAGAGACAGAACAUGAGUGAGGGAGGGGCAGAGAGAGAGGGAGACACAGAAUCUGAAGCAGGCUCCAGGCUCUGAGCUUUCAGCACAGGGCCCGACAACGGGUCUCAAACUCAUGAACUGUGAGAUCAUGACCUGAGCCGAAGUCGGACGCUUAACUGACUGAGCCACCUAGGCACCCCUACAUAUUGUAUAUUCUUAAAACAUUUUUGUAUGGCAUAAUUAAUGCUAUGCUUUUAUUGUAUGAUUUAAAAAAAAAACUACCUCAAACAUGUGAGUGGUAGUAAUAGUUGUCGGACUAACUGAAUCAAGAACAGUAAUAAUAUUAAAAUUGUCUGGAGAAUUCAGCCCCCACUUGAUGCUGUUGGAGUAGUCUUGUUUGAAAAUUUAAUUUGGCUUUAUUAUCUAAGAACUUUUAGAUUUUCUGACUUGCCCUGUGCCGUAUACUUCUAAAUUAGAAGUGGUUGGGUAUUGUUUUCUCUGCGUUUAGCGUGAGGUUUUUGUUUUGUUUUUUUUAAUGUUGCAUAUUUAUAUUUGAGAGAGAUAGAGACAGAGUGUGAGCUGGGGAGGGGCAGAGAGAGGGGGAGACACAGAAUCGGAAGCAGGCCCCAGGCUCUGAGCUGUCAGCACGGAGCCAGAUGCAGGGCUCGAACUCACGAACCACGGGAUCAUGACCUGAGCCGGAGCCAGACACUUCACUGACUGAGCCACCCAGAUGCCCCUAGUGUAGCGAGAAUUUUUAAGGGGAACUAUAGAAUCCGAUCUUUGGGCCCUUCUAGCAUCAUUGACUUUCCUCUGUCAGCAGUAUAUACUCCAAAAGACAAACAUUGAGACAGGGGUAGCCAGCGUCUUUCUCAAGUAAGCUUAGAAAGGUCUAUCAUAUAAGCUUUUCUGUUCAGAUAAUAGAUGUAUGGGUUGAUCUAUACUAUUAUCCCACAUUUAACUACAAUCAGCAAAAUGUGAUAUGUUUCAGAGUACCUUUAUAAGAGAUAGUAAGUACUUCAUGUGUUGGAAUGUCAAAGAACCAGAAACAUCAAGAGAGAAUAACUGAUUGAUGGUGUACCCGAGAGCAGGGAAGGGGCGGGGGGGGGGGGGGGGGAGAGAGAAUCCCAAGCAGCGCUGUCAGCAGGGAGCUGGGGCUUGAACCCGGGAACAGUGAGAUCAUGACCUGAGUGAAUGAACCACCCAGGUGCCCUGAGAGCAACUGUUUUUAAAUACUAGUUUUGUUAAAAUAGGUUAGGCAUUUUUCUUUUACAGUGUGGUUUUACGGUUUACCAGUUAGUUUCUGCCACUAAGAUUUUUUUUUUAAUGCUUAUUUAUUUUUGAGAGAGAGAGAGAGCGAGAGAGACAGAGUGUGAGUGGGGGUGGGGCAGAGAGAGGGGAAGACAGAAUCUGAAGCAGGUUCCAGGCUCUGAACUGUCAGCACAGAGCCCCGUGGGGCUCCAGCUCACCAGCCAUGAGGUCAUGACCUGAGCUGGAGUUGCUUACCCGACUAAGCCACCCAGGCGCCCCAAGAUUUUUAAAGUAUAUUUUUGACGUUUUAGAACCUUUAUUUUUGAAGUUUUAUUUUUCAUAUCAAAGUAUAGGAUGCACUUAAUGAAAACAAAUCAGUUAAAAAAUUGAAAUAUAUUUAGAGUAUCAAAUUGGUAUGUAUUUUGUUCUUUAAAUAAAUUGAUGGGAUAAGUAAAUUGGUUAAGAACACAGGCUUUGGGGUCAGAUUUCAGAAGAUCUUAUUAGCUGUGAGGCCUUGGACAAGUUAUUGAGCUUAACUUGCCUCAGUUUUCUCAUCUGAAAAACAGGAUCCACCUUACCAGCCUUAUGGGGUUUUGUGGAGAUUAAAGAUAAUUCUUGUAAGAUGCUUUGCUCAGUAUUUGAUACAGAAUACAUGAUCAAUAUGCGUUGAUUCUUACUAUUAGAGAAUACUGAGAAGAUGCCCAUUCAAAUCUUUUUCCCACCUAAGAAUUCUUUUAAUAUGUUCCUGAUCACUUCAGUGGCCCCUAAGUUUUGAAAGAUUUUGCCCUCAUUAAAUAAUUAUUCUCUCCUCCCCUACUUUUAAAAAUAAAGACAAAAAUCGAUCACAGGUUUGGAUUACUUCUUGAUAACCAGUCUUGCUAUUACACUGAAUUAAUAGGAUGUUAGCCCAAAGUUGUAUUUUAGUUCAACUCUGCAGCCUUACAACAAUGGCAUUCUUCUACUACAUUUUUAAAAAUGUUUUUACUUUAUUUUUUGAGAGAGAGCAUGUGCAAGUGGGGGAUGGGCGGGGGGAUGGGGAAGGACAGAGGAUCCUAAUCUUGCUCUGUGCUCACAGCAGUGAGCCUGAUGCCAGGCUCGAACACACAAACCGUGUGAGAUCAUGACCUGAGCUGAAGUCGGACGCUUGACCGACAGAGCCACCCAGGCGCCCCUUCCUACAUUUGGACAACUCUCCUGGUCCAGAGAUCUCAGACUGAGAACGAAUAAUGCAGCAUUUCAUACACUCUUAGGAUGCCCAUUGUCCAUUUCAUUGCCCAAUUUAUAUUUUCUUUUGCACACGUUAUACAUGAGUCCAUUUGAGAACAUUUUGUACUGUAUUUAUAGACUUUGUGUAAAAUGUUGUCAUUAAUAUAUAAUGGCAAUAAAUAGCUGUAUAAAGAUGAGUUCAUCAAAGAAUUAUUCUACAAUUUCAUAAUGCACUGCUUGGAAUUGUUCUCUAAGGGUAGAGAAAUGUGUGAGGUCACCAUUUGUGGACCUAUAGCAAUAAGUAAUUUUGGAAUAAUUUGCCAGCUCUAAUCUUGAGCUAUAAAGCAACCUUGGAAUGUUAUGCAGUAAAACGUAAUGUGAAAUUAUAGAGGAAAAAAUGUCAUUUUGGCUCCCUUUCUUUGGCGAUUAGAGAUGUUUAAAGAAACAUUUUAGUUGGCUACUAUCUCUGAAGUUGCUAUUUAGUAAUUUGCUAUGUGUCUUUUUUUCUAAGCAUUUUGACUGAGAAUGAUUUUUUCGUUUCGUUUUAGAGUGAUCUAGAUAGUCCUGAUCUUUCUUGAACUGGAAAUGUGAGUUAUACAUCCCAGUUAAAGUUUACUCAGUACUGCGCCUCAUUUUUUUUUUCCUGAAGCCUUUUUAUAAAUAGUGGGUUUUUGCCUGCCUCCCUUGUCUCACCUGUUCUCACUCUCCCCAUUCCUGUUAAGUGUUUAAUUAUAUGACUCCCUUUCCAUUCUUUUUUAUAGAUAAUUAGGCUAAUAUAUAUAAAAUAAGCAGACUCCCAGCUCAGCCAUCUCCCCUGCUUCUUUUCUUCCAGUGAAUUUCACACACAUUUUAAAAGGAACUUACGCGGAAAAGCUAGGAAACGUGACUUAGGUGGCAAGGUUAUACCGUCAUUAUUUUCUUACGAGUUCUAUCUGUCUGACUGCCCUCUUGAACAAAUGCAUUUCCUUGUUGCACUAAUGAUGUAACCUGAGCAUGAUUUUGCUCCGGGAGGCUCCCUUCCUCGUCUUGGCUAUGCACUGGCCUCUGGCUAAGCACGUUAGUUUAAAUGUCUAGUCCAGCCCCAAAAGAUUAUGUUUGCACAUCACAUAUGUCUGUCCAUUGCUGACUCUUAAUCCCUGGAAACUUCUUUCUCACGACUCUUAAGAGACGCUGUAAUGCCCUUUCAGUAGCGCUGCCUUUGCUUUGCCCAUUCGGGACGACCAGAGGAUGUUGAUGCUUCCUGUUGAGGCAAAAAUGGGUGAGGGCUAAUCGGAGCUGAGCCCAGGAAAACUAAGAGUGACGCAGCUAGCCUGGAAGUAAAGGUGUACUAGCUGGUGAUGGGAGACAGAUCUGCUGAGAAGGCAUGUGGAGGGAGAAAGAAGAGAGGGCGAUGGGGCUGGGAAACAAAGCCCUCAAAAGUGCCAGCUGAAGGAAGAUAAAGAGGAGAAAGCAAGGUCUGUUCUGGUACUCAGGUUGCCACUAAGUGCCAGACCUUAGGCUAGUCACGUAAACCCUCUGGGUCUCAGUUUCUCCAUCUGUAAAAUGAAGCAGUAGGCCUAUGUGAUCUCUCUAGCCCUCUGAGCACCAGUAGUCGGUGCUUCCGUGGCGAGAUUGGCACCAAAGGGAAAUGUUACCAAUAACAGAGAGCCGGGAAUUGAUACUUCCUUUCCCGAUGGACUGAAAGGCUGCAUGUGCUUGCCCAUUCUUUCUUUUGGUGAGAACAGCAGAGAAAGCAAAUCCGGAGCCUGGGUCUAGCACGACGGCCACACCGCUGACCCAGUCUCAGAAGGUCCCACCAUUUCGGUGGCCCCCGUGGGGAGCGGUGGCCAAGUGCCCUGGUUUCCUCACCCACAUAGGAAUUAGCUGAGUCUCACAGCCUGAGCUCCUUCCGAGCCGGCUCCUCUCUGUGUGUGUGUGCCAGACAAGAGUCUGACAGUUGGGGCUCCUGCCUGUUGCUCACCAAUGAAAUAUUUAAAACAGGACAUAAUUUCCCAAGUCUGUGGACAGGCAGUUCGACGGAGGGAGAGAAAGGGAGGGAGGAUAAUGUGAGCUGUCCCAUCAAAAGAAAUAAAAAUUUAGAUUUCUGUUUAUCUCAUUUUUCAGCAUUUCUUCCCCAGUUAUUAUAGCCUUGACUUUUUCUUCUCUUCAUGCUAUUCAUCUGCUUUUGAAAAGAACUGAAGUCCUGUCAAGGAGUCUGGGCGAGUGCCUUUGGAUUACUUUGGGGCCCUGCUCAGGGGGGGCCUUCCCCCUCACUCAUGCUCAUAUUCUUUUCUGUCUUUUCCAUUGGUGAUCCCUACUGCUCCCCCUCCCCGCCCCGGAUGUUGUUUAUGUUUACAUAACCAUUUUUUAAAAAUUCAGGUUUGAUGGCAGGAAAAAUAUUGUGGUCAAGAAUUGGUCAAGAAGUGUGCAUUUUCAUAACAUUUUACUUUAAUGGUAGUGUGGCAACCAGACUCAAGAUUGUAGAGCAUUGCAGAGUGUGGAAGGAAGCAUUCUUUGCAUGAGUUCAAGAUAAGUCUUACGUUCUGCUGGAUGUCCCCUCAUUUACCAAUCUGAUAAGCGUAUGAGAGAUUAAAAGAUUGUUAUUGUUGCUUUUAAGACUACUUUUGAAUGAUCAUUUUUAUUGAUUUAUAGAAACCUAGUUAAGUGUGUGAACUGCAUCCAGAUUCCAGCGGUUUUUAAUAUUUUGUAAUUUCAAAUGUAAUAACUAUCAUUCUUUUUAAAAAAUUUUUUUAAUGGUUAUUUAUUUUUGAGAGAGACAGAGUGUGAGCAGGGGAGGGGCAGAGAGAGAGGGAGACACAGAAUCUGAAACAGGCUCUAGGCUCCCAGCUGUCGACAUAGAGCCCGAAGCAGGGCUCAAACUCAUGAGCCGUGAGAUCACGACCUGAGCCGAAGUCAGAUGCUCAACUGACUGAGCCACCCAGGCGCCCCUAACUAUCAUUCUUAAACAUGUAUCUGACCCUGUUUUGUCUCGGUCAGCAUAGUUUGUUUUAAUAUGCAAAACCAUUUUAGAAAGUCCUUGCUUGUCACUAAGGUUUCUCUCUUCCUUGCUUUAUUUGUGAGGAGGUAGAUGAGGGAGAAUACUGGAGAGAGGCAGGCAGAGGAGAUACAUUUACAAAUCAUAUCCUGUUUGCAUUGUUAAACACAUGUGCAUUGCGUACUCUGUGCGGUUAUUUUUCCUGGACUGCCAACCUUUGGUGGGGGUAGGGUGGAAACUGGAGGCAUGGGCAGGGGCCGCCAGAGGUGGCUCAGCUGAUCCAGUGUUUCUUCCCAGAUCUCUUUCCUUUUCUGCUGUAGUAUUGUGCAGACUGUAUGUGCUUUUGUGAGGAUAGGUGUCUUAUUUAUGUUUGUCGGUGAUCCUUUCCUCCUAAAGACUGACUGUAUCUAUCUAUGUCUAUCCCUUAGUACAUUGGUGGGUAUGCAGUGAUAUCCUUCUACGGAGCCUGUAUUUGAUUUGGUUGUGCACAGCUUUUUAGAAAGGUGGGAAUAAAAUAAAGGAGUAUUGAGAAAAUCUAGUCUGUGUGGCAGGUAAUGGAAAUGAUGCCUUACAUCUACCUCUCUACAUUUUGCUUUGGGUAGAUUGUUUCCUGAAUGUAUUUUUUGCAGUAGAACCUCGGUUUUUCCCCUUGUGCCUAUUUAGGCUGACAUUUUAAAGAACCAAAGAGUAUAAUCUGUCACAUCAGGCUUUCGCCGAUUGGCAUCUGAUUAUAUCUGGUGAUGGUCUUGGAGAUGAGUUUUAAUGAAGUGUCAGUGUAAAGGUCAUUAAUAAAAAACACACAAAGAGAUACUAUAUUAGUGAUCUUAAUACCACCUUUAUCAUUUUAAAUGUACAAUGUGUAUUUUGACGAGCCACAGUGAAAACCCACUACACAGACACCACGUAAAGUUAGAUUCUUUGUUUUAUGUCAGGAUCAUAUUGCAUGGUUCUAAAGAAUGUUUUAAAACAUUUUGUGUAUAAAGUUACUUUAUGUUUGUGGGGUGUACCUACGUUAAGAAAAAUGAAAUUUGGCUUAUAUAUUGUGUUUUGUCCAUAUGUGUGUUUGUGUGUAGACCUUUAGAAAGUCAUUUUUAUUUAUGUUUUGUUUGCAAUUUUGGAACUUGUAUCAGUAGGACUAUUGCCCACUAGCUUUUGCGUUGCGCACAUCUUGUAAUGGUAUUGGAACCACUCCACUGCUGUUUUCUCGAAGCAAGGAAUAUUGGAAAUAUUUAACUUAAGUUCUUUGAAUGACCAUUGUGUGAUUUGGGAAACAACUUUUUAUAGUGCCUCACAUUAUGUGAUGGUUUGUAGAGACUACCUUUAGUUAACAAAGGCCAUGAAUGCCGAAGUUGAAUUAAUUAUAGUUAGAGACAAAAAUUGUAAUUCAUUCCAAUUAUAGCAGAUUAAGAUAUUAUGUGGCUGGAUCAACAUUUGAUCUGUUCCUUUAUUUUUAGAAGUCUGCUGAGUUUUGAAAUUUAAAACCUUUUAAAUAAUGUUGAAUGAGUAGAGCUCUAUAAUAGAUGUGGAUUUCUAUUUCAGCAUAGGUUUGAGAGCCAUAUGGCUUGGAAGUGAGGUAGAAUUUUGUUUCUGAAAUUGGAAGGGGAUGCAUUUUAAUAUUUUGAUUGCAUGAGACCUGCUUGGGCAUUUAUUAGUUUUGCUAGAAACACAGGUGACACAGACUGGAGAUGUCGAUUGGAGUAUAUGUGAGAGAUGUCAUCGUAGCGAUCCUGAAACUUCACUCACCUCCAGUCCUGCUGCCCUUGAUCAACUUUGCAGUAAAAGCUUCUUUUUUGGAGAAUAUAGCUUUCUCUAUUAUACUAUAUUUUUGUUAAUUCACAUUGCUGUCUGGAAUUUCCCAAUCCCACAGCACAGUCUUGUGUGACGCAUUAUACAUGAGCUUUGGAAGUUCCAGUUUACCUUUUGGUUUACAGACCUUAGAAAGAAUGCCAAGAGAUGACACCCAAUGCCCAGAACAACACCUUGAUCUGAAGGAAUGGGAGACCAUCAUGCAGACAUCAGAGACCGGAUCGGACACAGGUUCGACAGUGACUUUACAGACAUCUGUGGCUAGUCAAGCAGCGGUACCUACCCAGGUGGUGCAGCAGGUACCGGUACAACAACAGGUACAGCAGGUCCAGACCGUACAGCAGGUACAACAUGUGUACCCAGCCCAGGUGCAGUAUGUGGAAGGAAGCGAUACUGUCUAUACCAAUGGAGCAAUCUCCAGCCCCUGGCAACCACCAUUCUACUCCCUGUUCUUCCGAACAACAACUUACCCUUACACAGAAACGCAGAUGUACAGCCAAAACACUGGAGGGAAUUACUUUGAUACUCAAGGGAGUUCUGCGCAGGUGACUACCGUGGUUUCGUCCCACAGCAUGGUGGGCACCGGUGGGAUUCAGAUGGGCGUCACCGGAGGACAACUCAUCAGCAGCUCUGGAGGAACCUAUCUUAUUGGCAAUUCUAUGGAGAACUCUGGUCACUCAGUGACACACACUACUCGGGCCUCCCCAGCGACAAUUGAAAUGGCGAUUGAGACGCUGCAAAAGUCUGACGGUCUGUCCACUCACAGAAGCUCUCUUCUCAACAGCCAUCUCCAGUGGCUGUUGGACAAUUACGAGACCGCAGAAGGAGUGAGCCUUCCUAGAAGCACGCUGUAUAACCACUACCUACGACACUGUCAGGAACACAAACUGGACCCAGUCAAUGCUGCUUCUUUUGGAAAACUAAUAAGGUCAAUUUUUAUGGGGCUCCGAACCAGGAGAUUGGGAACUAGAGGAAACUCCAAGUACCAUUACUAUGGGAUCCGUGUCAAGCCAGAUUCCCCUCUUAAUCGUCUGCAAGAAGACAUGCAGUAUAUGGCUAUGAGACAGCAACCCAUGCAACAGAAACAAAGGUACAAGCCUAUGCAGAAAGUGGAUGGGGUUGCAGAUGGUUUCACAGGAAGUGGUCAACAGACAGGCACAUCUGUUGAGCAAACUGUAAUUGCCCAAAGUCAACAUCAUCAACAGUUUUUAGAUGCAUCUCGAGCACUUCCAGAGUUUGGAGAAGUUGAAAUCUCUUCUCUGCCAGAUGGUACUACCUUUGAGGAUAUCAAGUCACUGCAGAGUCUUUAUCGAGAGCACUGUGAGGCAAUAUUGGACGUGGUCGUGAAUCUUCAGUUUAGCCUGAUAGAAAAACUGUGGCAAACGUUCUGGCGCUAUUCUCCCUCUACUCCAACCGACGGCACUACCAUCACCGAAUCAAGCAAUCUGAGUGAAAUAGAAAGUCGACUUCCGAAAGCAAAGCUGAUAACUCUGUGCAAACAUGAGUCUAUCCUGAAAUGGAUGUGUAACUGUGACCAUGGGAUGUACCAGGCUUUGGUGGAGAUUCUCAUCCCCGACGUGCUUAGACCUAUUCCUAGUGCCUUGACCCAAGCCAUUCGAAAUUUUGCAAAAAGCCUUGAAGGUUGGCUUUCCAAUGCCAUGAACAAUAUCCCACAGAGAAUGAUACAAACCAAGGUCGCCGCUGUAAGUGCCUUUGCCCAGACUCUGCGAAGAUACACGUCGCUCAAUCACCUGGCCCAGGCAGCUCGCGCAGUGCUUCAGAACACUUCUCAGAUCAACCAGAUGCUCAAUGACCUCAACCGCGUUGACUUUGCCAAUGUCCAGGAGCAGGCCUCCUGGGUGUGCCAGUGUGACGACAGCAUGGUUCAGAGACUGGAGACGGACUUCAAGAUGACCCUCCAGCAGCAGAGCACCCUGGAGCAGUGGGCCGCGUGGCUGGACAACGUGAUGAUGCAGGCGCUGAAGCCCUACGAGGGGAGGCCCAGUUUCCCUAAAGCUGCCAGGCAGUUCCUGCUAAAAUGGUCUUUCUACAGCUCAAUGGUUAUUCGGGACUUAACCUUACGCAGUGCUGCUAGCUUUGGCUCCUUCCACCUGAUCCGUCUCCUCUACGACGAGUACAUGUUCUACUUAGUAGAGCAUCGUGUUGCUCAGGCAACAGGAGAAACACCCAUUGCAGUCAUGGGCGAGUUUGGUGAUUUAAAUGCUGUAUCUCCUGGAAAUCUGGAUAAAGAUGAAGGCAGCGAAGUGGAAAGUGAAAUGGACGAAGAACUGGACGACUCUUCGGAGCCCCAAGCCAAAAGGGAGAAAACCGAGCUGAACCAGGCGUUUCAAGUGGGUUGUAUGCAGCCCGUUCUCGAGAGCGGCGUGCAGCCCAGUCUCCUGAAUCCAAUUCACAGCGAGCACAUCGUCACAAGUAGUCAGACUAUCAGACAGUGCAGCGCCACAGGAAACACCUACACUGCGGUCUAAAGAAUAUUAAAGCGUAUUUUUCCAGCUAACGUUACCCCUGUUGAUAUAUUGGGCUUAAGGUGAAAUUUUAAUAAGCCUGAAGGUCGACUGUUGUCAAAUUCUAUCUGUGCUGAACAUUACCUUUUUGGAGUUGUGAAAUGGAAUGGAUGUAUGUAUUUUGCCAGGUGUUUUUUUUUUGUUGUUGUUGUUGUUGUUGUUGUUUUAACGUAAAAAAAAAUCAUUUGCCUCUUAAUAAUAAGUUGUUCUUUUUUUUCCUUUAGUUUCAGGUGUCAAGAAGGAUUUUUACCACACUUAAUGCCAAUGUGUUCGUUUUCUUAUAAUUAAAAAGUGAUUUACAUUUUUUUGUAGCUUAAAAUAUUUGAUUGUUGAUUGUUAGUCUUGGUGUAUGAUUUCACGUGUGAGUUUUUAAUUAGAUGCACUUCUGUGAAAUAUCAAAAGAAAUGAAUUCCUUUGAUUUACACUGGAGGCAUGCCCAUUUGGCAGCAGAUGCAUUGAAUUUGCUUUUGAAAGGUGCUUUUCAUUGGACGGAACCACAAGACACGAUUUCGGUAACUCUUUGGUACGGAGAGAGAAUACAGAGCAUUUUUAUCAUGGCGCUAGAGGGUUGGGAAGGUCAUCUGUUUUUCUCCGGAGGAAAAAUCCUGGAGCUAGUGCAUUUAUCUGUUCAGAGUAAAUGACAGACCUGCAAGAGAUUAUGCUAAUAUGUACAUAAUUUGUGUACAUAAUUAUUAAACCCUAUUAACGCAAGCUUCCGUUAAACAUUGCAUUUUAACCGUUAUUUGCAUACCGAUUCCUCUGUUUAAAGACUACUGAUUCUGUAUUUGGGACCACUGCACAGACGCAUUCUGCUGUUGAGCGGGGCUGUUAUAGUUAGAUACUGAAGCUGAAAAAAAAAAAUGACUUGACUUUUUUUGUGUUUCGUUUUGUUUCGUUUUGUUUUUAAGUGUACAUGCUACUUAUGCUGAACUGGACAUACAGGAAACCAUUCCAUUUGGAUGACUUUCUUUUAUUCCAGGUCUUUUUCCUAAUAGUAGUUCCCUCUGCUGCUAUUAUAAAAGAAAAUUUAUAGAACGCAAGGAAUGUAGCAACCUGCAUAUCGUUAUUUCCUUCAAAUCUAUUUCCUGGUUUCUAAAGGGUGUGGAUUUUAAAUUGUAAACACAACCUGAGGGCAGUAUAGCUGGCUCACCACACUGUUGCUUUAUCCCCAUUUCUGUAGGAUUUGGAUAGGUGGCUGGAUGGACCAGUGCCAUUGAAGAAUGUACAUCAGGGAUCAUCGUACCUCGGCUAUUACAUGGUGCCUUAAAACAGAACUGAAGUUAAGGUUUUAGUAAGGCUUAUUUUGUUCAUGUGAAUUCCUCCGCAAUCCAUUUGACAAGGUGUGCCUGUCCCUUUCCGAUUCCCGAAGUGAGGACAGGUUACGCGCUCUUCAAAGGAAAUGUAGGGCGAGCAAAGCAAAGCAAAAAGACGAAAACUCAAUUCCCCUCUUGGAGUGACCGCGGACGUACUUUUUGUUCGUAGAGCUGACUAUGACUCGAUUACCCAUCAGAUUGCUUAAGGGCGUGGAACAGCGGACUGGUUUUUAAUUACCAAGUUGUCGCGUACCAUCACAUGUGUUUCAGACCGUUUGUAUCUAGUUCUCAUGUAAGAAAGUUGACGAAAUAAGCAGGGACUUAUCGAAGUGCAUCUUGUCAGUCUAAAUGUUUGUGUCUGCCUCUUGGUGUCUGUGUGUCCACGGCAUACACACGUGCCCGCGGGCGGGAGUCAGCUGCAAAGUCAGGUGAGGUCCUAGACGGGACCCACCCCCCAUCCAACCUUAUGUUAAUUUACGUGAAAGCCAAGGUUCUUUUAAACACUCGAGUUAUUAACAACCGCCACACACACAAAAAACAAAAACAGGCACAGCCAUUCAUUUUAAUCGUUUUUAGAAAGCUGAUCAGCAAAAAUACAUAAACACAUAAAGCCCCCUCCCCCCCCCAAAAAAAAGAAAGGGAAAGCACACAUGAUUUACAGAUUGUUAAUGAGGCCUGUCUCAAACUCAAGAUGUUUGUCUUUCCGGUUUUCCUGGGGUGGGCGAGAGGGCUUGGAAAGAGGGGGAUGAGCCAGUCUCUAAAGUGAAAAAUACCAAAUGGCGUAUCGGGUACCACGCGGUGUGUUUUCCCUCCGGUGGCCCGAUUGCCUCACACUAUUCACGUAACAAAGAUCAACAGAGUUUCUGAAGUCAGCUUGAAACGUUUCAGAUGUAAUUUUGUAUGACUCAACUCACGCAUCUCUUUGGAAAGUCUUCACGAGCAUUCGACCAUCACCUCACCCAAGUAUCACUUGAGUGGCCCUCCCCCUCAUUCUUCUCCCCAAAAGAGGUGAUGGGUUGGUACCAUCACACGCACAAAAAAGGCAAACACACAGAACACCUUCACCACGAAAACCCCGCACGUCUAGCUCCUCGUGCAUUGGGGAACGUUUACAGGUGGAAUUAGUUCGAACCACAAGACGAAAAAGAACCCCCCCUCAUUUCAACUCUCCUUUCUGAGAUGCUUCUUCGCUUUCCUCUCCCCCGCCCACCAGCCCCAGAACUGUGUUCCAUCUGUAUCGGACCAAACGUUUUUGCUGCUUUCGUCUUGUUUCUUGGACGAUUUUAAAUGUACCUAUUAUCACUGUUUAACGUUGGGUAUGUUUGUAUCAUUAGAGGGAUCUGAUCAUAAUGGGCAAAGUUCGAUGGAUGAAAGGUAGGGAUUGGGGAGCCUCCAGGAUUCAACAUUUCUUCUAGGUGUUCGUGGUUUGCAUGAACCAUUCUCACUUUUCAGCCUGACUCGCUAAACACGUUCUGGGCUCCUUUGUGAACACGGGAGCAUUCAUCUGUGACAAGGGCAGAUAGUUUUGACCAACAGACAAAAGCACGUCUUCAUUCUUUGCUACUUCUGGCGAUCUGUCGUCCACAGUAAGAUAGGACACAGCCCUAGUCAGACACAGACAUCUCAGCCAAUCUUGACUUGGCCUUGUGAGGUAUAUUAGAAAACUCAGACCUCACCCUUUGUACGUCUGAGGAGAGUCGAACGAUCCCAAGUAUUGCUUUGAUUUGACAUUUCAUUUUCUUUUCUCUCAUUCAUUGAAACUGUGACUUUUCUACGUAACCGUGACACUAAGACUCUCAGAGUAGAUGUAUUGACAAGUGACAAGUCUACACUUUAAGGACUUCUUGACAUUUCUUGACGUUGUAAUCAAACCACUAGUCAUGGAAACUAUCUACACAGACCAAGUGCUACACUUGCAGCGACGAAAACGUAAGGAAGGCAUGUUGGCUGUUUUUAAGUUUUAGAAAAGAUACUUCCGUAUAAGAGGAUUGCGUCUCGUGGGUAUGGUUUGACCUUCACAUACAUACUUUGAGAACCAUACCUGGAAGAUUUACGUUUCAUGAAGCCAGUGAACAAUGGGGUGAAAUGGGGGGACCACCUCCUCGGAACACAGGGCCCAACUUUAAAAUUUUUCUUUGGAUAUCAAAUGGCUGGUCACUUUUUCAGGAUUCUCAUCCAGACCAUGUUUGGACUGACUACUUUAAGUCUUACUGCCUUUUCAGAAAUCUGCUUUCCUUUUUGUGCUUUUUCUUGUACUGUAUAGGACGGUUCACGCACCUCUCUUUAGAUGGUGUACUUUAAAAAAACAAAAGCAAAUUUGAGAAAAUGGUUUUAACACUGCAUACCUAAAAUUAGUCGCGUGCAACGUUGACUGCCUUUGAUUUGUAGUGGGUGAGUAAAAAUGAACACGUUUCUCGUGGAAUAACGCUGUCAGAGUCAUCCGGGAAUGACUACGGUUUCAUUACUGUAAUCAUGAACCUUUUUACAUGAAUGCACUCUCUCGAAGUGCUAAACGUGAUGCAUUUUCAAAUUGGAAAAAAUUCUUCAGAUGAUAUAUUUGAGAUGUCUAAAACGAUGCUGUGCUUGAGACAUUAGUGUAAAAGGGGGAAAAAAUGAGUGUCACGGUGAUGUUGGCCCUCCCUGGGUGGACACAAGUAGAAAGUAAACAACUUUGGCAAAUCGCCUUCCUGUACGAUUUGAGGCAGUAGUUAUAUACAGCAAAUUGACCUUCUUUAUAACCUUCUCUCCCCCAAAUUCUUGGUGAGAAAACCACUCGCAAAAAAAUCGAAAUCCGAACUGACGAUCUCUAUGAAUCACAGCAGAACAUGGGGGAGAGGGGUUGACAUGCAGUGCUAUGAAAAUUGGGCUUGUCACUCGAUCAGAUCAACCUCCAUGUAUAUGGUUAGAACAAAUCAACGAAUGGAAUCCUAGCAUUUCUGCAAGUUUGGUGAUUUAAAAAAAAAAACUGGAAUAGAAGCAUUAAUUCAGUGCUUAGUUCUAGUAUUAGAAAACCCCUUUGAUGUAAUGCCUUGUAUUAACCCUUUGAGCAUUGUAAGAUAUACAAUGGGGGACAAAAGCCUUUCAGAUCAUUUAUUUAGAGUUAGACCGGUAAAAUAGACUCUAUAUCCAAAUGUCUAAUUAUGCUGUUUUUUUAAAGGGGGGGGAGGGGGAGGAAGAGAAAGUGUUUCCAUGCUGAACACUUGCAUUUUAUAUACAACUCUUAAUUUUCUUCUUCAAGAGGGCUUGAUAUAUUUAUUCCCAAAUAUUCACUGCCAUCUAAGUAAGUGUACUGUUUACAGAAAAAAAUCAACUUUUCUAGCAUCACAUCAUGACUCUAGAAAAGGAGAACAAAUACAUGGGCCUGUAGACCUAUGUCCUAACUGAUCUCUGCACAUCGAAAAGUACCUAGAUUGCCUUUAAAAGGUAUGAUAAAGAAAGGGUUACGUUUCUUUUCUUUUUUGUUUUUUUCUUUCCCCAAACAAAACAAAAAGAUCGCGUUAAUUUCGCUUUAGGAAGUACAAUUGUUAAGCGAAGCCUUAGGAAGAAAUGAGUUCGAGUGGGUGAAGCAAAGCUGAACUCUUCGGGGGCAGGUAAGCUGUUUGGAGUUAGAGCUCUCAUAAAACAGCGUUUGGGACUUUCACACAGGGCCUAUCUUUAUCUGUGCUCCAAAACCUUUAACACUUUGUCAAAAACAGUGGACAUAGAUAGAAUGGAGAGCAAAGCACUUGAUUUUCAGCUCCUCUGUCGGGAGGGGCCGUGGCGACUGCUUCCGAGAUCUGUAAAUGCCAGUCUGCCUCGAGAGUUGCCGACUUCGUUCACGGGCCGCUCUGCGUGCACUCGGUCCCCCCUUGUCCCCUGCGCGACGGAGCCUGAGAGCGGUGUCGUCUGCAGAUGUGCGCGGCGGCCCCGGCCGGGCGCACGGCAGAGUGUGACCUGUUCCGAUGUCUGGGGAAGGGACAUCCGUAGCUUAGUGCAAGUCUGCCGUGAACAUUGCUUUUUUUAGACGGCGUAGGAAGUCAAACCAUGCAAAUUACUCAUGUGUUAACAUGCAAUACUCAAAGGGUUUUAAUUUAACUCUCUUCUUUUGGAUUCUUCAUGAUGAUUUACUGUAAAUGCUUCUCAGUUUGCAUGCUCUGAUCAUUGCUGCUAGUGAUUUUAUGUGCCAGUACACCUGAGUUUGGUUUACCAAUUUUACUUAAAUAGUAAAAGCCACUUACAAAGUGACUGCCUAGGAUUUCUUUUUUUCCUUUGUUUGGAGUAAUCGGUAAUCCGUCUUAUUUUCAGAACUGUGUUUUGUCUCUUACUUGGUUCUGGUGUUUGAUUCUUUUCACCCCCUCCCUUCUUUCCUUUGUUUUUUAAAUAAAUUACGAUGUUGGGAUUGGAAGCCCUGAGUAAUGAAAUCUUUGGUAAGAAUUGUUGCGUAGGCUCAAUAAUGAGAA